AUGAAGAGAAAUCAGACGAUGGUCACAGAGUUCAUUCUGCUGGGAUUCUGUCUUGGCCAAAGGAUUCAACUUAUUCUUUUUCUACUAUUCUUUCUUUUAUAUAUUUUCACCAUACUGGGGAAUGGGACUAUCCUUGCAAUAAUCUGCCUGGACUCCAGACUCCACACUCCCAUGUACUUCUUCCUAUCCCAGCUGGCUAUUGUCGAUAUGGCCUAUGCCUGCAAUACAGUGCCACAGACACUCAUAAACCUCUUGGAUGAGACCAGGCCCAUAACCUUUGCUGGAUGCAUGACACAGACAUUUCUCUUCUUGGCUUUCGCACACACAGAAUGUGUGCUCCUUGUGGUGAUGUCCUAUGACCGCUAUGUAGCUAUCUGCCAUCCGCUACACUACACUGUCAUCAUGAACUGGAGAGUGUGUACCAUCCUGGUUGUUGUUUCCUGGAUAGUUAGUUUUCUUCUGGCUCUGGUCCAUGUAGUCCUCAUGCUGAGGCUGCCCUUCAGUGGACCUCAUGAAAUCAAUCACUUCUUCUGUGAAAUCCUAUCUGUCCUCAAGCUUGCCUGUGCCGACACAACACUCAAUCAAGUAGUUAUCUUUGCAGCUUGUGUGUUCAUAUUAGUAGGGCCCCUGUGCUUUGUCCUAAUCUCCUACACCCGCAUCCUGCUGGCAAUCCUGAGGAUCCAGUCAGGGGAAGGUCGCAGAAAGGCUUUCUCCACCUGUUCCUCCCACCUCUGUGUGGUCGGACUCUUCUUUGGCAGCGCCAUCAUCAUGUACAUGGCCCCCAAGUCCCAGCACCCAGAGGAGCAGCAGAAGGUCCUUUUUCUGUUUUAUAGCUUUUUCAACCCCAUGCUGAACCCUUUUAUCUACAGCCUGAGGAACGCUGAGGUCAAGGGUGCUCUCAGGAGGACACUGAGCAAAGCAAGUCAUUCCCAGUUGGUGUGGUGUUCUGAAUAG